AUGUUUGGAAUUGAAAUCCAAGAAGCAGAGGCUGAGAGGCGAAGAGAGGCCAGCCGGGCGAUGGCCACUUAACAUAACCAGAGAACUAGAUUACACAGAGUAUUGUCUGUGUAGAUGCUUUCAGUCUGUUCCCAGGGCUUGCUUGGCAGAACAAAUCCCCUCUCAUAUCACAAGGCGGGGGGAGGAAUUUCCUCUAUCAUGAACUGCAAGCCACAGAAAACAAGAUAAGGUAGGAUUUUAGGGAGGGGGGGUGUUGGCACAGUAUCCAAAGGAAGUGGCGACAGCUGGGGUUUUAAAAAUUAGACAGAAGCUGUGGAUCAGAGUCUGGUCAAACAAGCUGCGAUAUUUCGAGGCUGCAAAUUUUAUAAAUGAUUCAGACAGAAGACUGGAGUGGUCAACGAAGGAAGUUUGCUUGACCUUUAACAGUGAUAUGUCAAAAGAACAGCUCCUUUGCAGUCUCAUUUCUUGCUUGGUGUUCCCCAGAACUGCUUCCUUCCAGUGCUGGAACGCUUUGAUUCCUAUUUUUCAGCCACUAGAAGGACACCACAGACGCAGUGGAGUGGACUUUCCACUUUUAAAAUUAUGCUACCGAUCUUAAAGCCACCGCUGUGCUGGGUCUGACUGCAGAGAAAGAGAGCACAGCAGAGCUUUCCAAAUUUGUGUCAUGACAUUUUAAUGUGUCGGCUUUAGUGUGUAGCUGUGUCACGUAAAUGCUCCCGGCGCUCGUCCCGGGGCUGGAAAUGGUUUAUUUUAACCUCCCUUUUGCUAGGAAAACUGAAUUACUGUGUCACGAACUGAAGCAUGUCUAAAAAGUGUAUCAGCGACGUGAAAAGUUUCGAAAGCUCUGGAGUACCGGGGGUCUGAGGGGGACAAGUAUCCCUAUCUUUCUCAGUGAGGUAGGAAGACAGCUGAGCUGCUGUCACAAAGCAAUGUCAGACAAGCCUUACCUUACAUUAUCAAUAUACUGGUAGUUUUUCUGAGCAGGAAUGUGAGCAGAUUUAUGUGUAAAUACUGCAUUGGGCAGGGAGGGGGGAAACGGAAAGAGAUGAAAAUUAUUCCAUUAAAAAUGGAUUAAAAUAUAGUCUUUUCCCUUUCUUUCAAAAUAGAGUGAUCCCCAAGAAAACAGAAGCUGGCCGUCCUACAAUAAGGCAUUUUCAUUUAUGA